CCAGACAUUCGUGAAUACCUACCCCUCCGCUGUCGUGCAAUUCCUCUAUCCAUCUGUGGUGAGCUCGACCCUCGUUUCUAUUCCUGCCUGCGCACUGCCUUGCUGACCUGGACGUGGCGGCGAAGAUUGCUAGGUAGUAUCGGUGGAUUCCUCGGCCUGGCUAAGAUAUCACAUAAAUCGAGACAAUCAUGGCGACCGAGAAAAAAAUCUACAUCGACGAGGACGUCGGCCACGACGACGCUUCGGCCAGCGGCACUGAGGCCGCCCCCUUCAAGACUCUUCUGCACGCGAUGCUGCAGUAUGAUCCAACCACAGAAGGAAUCCAAUACCUCACACGCAAAUCCGUGACGGGGCCGGUUGAAGAGGGCAAGGACGAAGCGUCGCGAUUGGAAUGGAAAGCCCCGUCAGCUUCUGGCAUGAAGAAGACACUCAAGCUCUUUGAAGGCGCCAAGAGGAAAGCCGCAAAGGCACAUGAGCUUGCUUUCCGCGAAAAGGAAGAGGCAGACAAGCGCCAGGCAGUGCUGGAAGAGGCCAAAAAGGUCGUUAUCAAGGAAGACUCGUCCCUGCCCAAACCAGUGCGUAUCCGUCUCGACGUGACAGAUCCCGCUAUCGUCAAGCUGCGUGCACCAGAGUCAGGCGAGCCAGGCACUCGAGUGCGUGUUCUCGGACGCAUUCACCGCCUACGAUCUCAAAAGGAUGUCAUCUUUAUUACGCUCUCGGAUGGCUACGGACUCCUGCAGUGUGUCCUGACGGGCGACUUGGUCAAGACGUACGACGCACUGACAUUGACGUUGGAGACGUCGAUUGCGAUUCACGGAGAAAUGUGCGCGGUGCCUCCUAAGCAACACGCGCCCAAUGACCGGGAGCUCCACGCAGAUUUCUACACCGUCAUCGGCAAGGCAGCCGGUGACAAGGAAACCAUCACGCACCGCGUAUCGGCCAACCACGAUCCGCAGACGCUAUACGAUAACCGCCACCUUGUGCUCCGUGGCGAGAACUCAUCGGCGGUGAUGAAGGUGCGCGGGGCAACGCUGCGUGCAUUCCGGCGCACAUUCGAAGAAACCAAAAUGCUCGAGGUGACGCCGCCGUCGAUGGUGCAGACGCAGGUCGAGGGCGGCAGCACGCUGUUCUCGUUCGACUACUACGGCGAGCCAGCCUACCUCACGCAGUCCUCACAGCUAUACCUCGAGACCUGCAUUGCCUCCCUCGGCGACGUCUUCUGCAUCUGCCCAUCCUUCCGGGCCGAAAAGUCACUGACCCGUCGCCAUCUCUCCGAAUAUACGCACAUCGAAGCCGAGCUCGACUUCAUCACCUUCACCGACCUACUCGACCACCUCGAAGAAGUCAUCUCCAGGGUCCUCGAACUACUCCUGGCCGACCCUGUCACGGCGCAGCUCAUCAAACAACUCAACCCGACCUUCCAGAUCCCGCAACGACCAUUCAAGCGCAUGCGGUACUCGGACGCCAUCGACUGGCUGCGCGAACACGACAUCCCCAACGAAGACGGACAACCGCAUCAAUUCGGCGACGACAUUGCCGAAGCCGCCGAGCGCAAAAUGACCGAUAUCAUCAACCAGCCGAUCUUCCUCACACACUUUCCCGCCGAGAUCAAGGCGUUCUACAUGAAAAAGGACCCAGAAGAUCCGCGCGUCACUGAGAGUGUGGACGUGUUGAUGCCCGGUGUAGGUGAGAUUGUAGGCGGUAGCUGCCGUAUUGAUGAUUAUGAUGAGCUUCUCGCGGCUUAUAAGCGGGAGGGCAUGGAUCCGAGCCCAUACUACUGGUACACCGACCAGCGCAAGUACGGAACCUCCCCCCACGGCGGAUAUGGUCUGGGUCUAGAGCGUUUCCUGGCGUGGGUUUGCGGUAGGUACACUGUUCGUGAGUGCUGCUUGUAUCCGCGGUUCACAGGGCGAUGCACUCCUUAGACGUCUCCUCUAUCGACAUCUAUAUCUACAUCUACUCUACAUUCAUGUGGUUAUUCUGCUGCGUAUCUCAUUAGUACAGAUACCUACCUAGCCCGCUAGUUCAGUUAGAAUGCAUUUAAAUUCACCC